CGGUGCGACCUUGAGAUUACUACUGCAACAGUGAUUGGUUUGAUAUUACGUGUGACCUUGCGAAUUCUCCAAGGUUAAUGACUUGUAGGUGGUGUGGUAUUAGAUGUGUGCAAAAAUGGUGGCUCGCGAAAUCAAAUGGAUUACGUAUUCCCAGCGCACAAAUAAGCUUAUCAUGUAGUCUGAUGGGAUCAACAUCUUGGGGCCAUUUAGUUCCAGAAAACAAAGCGUUCUAUUCGGGGAGAUGGGAACCUUCCUUGUCUGGGAAAACGUUUUCGGUUGUGAAUCCGGCUACAGGUGAACACUUAGGUUCAGUUCCAGCUUGCUCAAAGAAUGAAUGUGAAAUUAGCGUCAAUGUAGCUUCUGUCAGCCAAAAAGAAUGGAGAUCGAAAACACCGGGGGAACGAUCGUCAAUUAUACGUAAAUGGGCAGAUACCAUUCGACAGAAUGUUGACUCAUUGACGGAUCUUAUUGUAGCUGAAAAUGGAAAAUCGUCAUUCGAUGCACGUAAUGAAGUUCUAGCAGGUGUUUCCGCUUUGGAAUGGUAUGCUGAGGAAGCUAAACGUGUUUUUGGUCUUUAUAUUCCAUCACUAAGCUCUCAUUCACGGCGUCAGCUAGUUGCCCAACAACCGAUUGGCGUUGUUGGUGUAAUUACUCCGUGGAAUUUUCCACUUUCUAUGGUAACACGAAAAGUUGGUGCUGCUUUAGCUUCAGGAUGCUCUGCAAUUAUUAAACCAGCUGAAGAUACUCCAUUAACAUCAUUGGCUGUUACUUAUCUCGGUGUUGAAAAAGCAGGGAUACCUCCAGGUGUUUUGAAUGUAAUCACAGCUUCAGUUGAUGACAAUGGAGCAGAAGAAAUUGGAAAUGUAUUAUGUACUCAUCCCAUUGUUCGUUUAAUAGGAUUUACCGGAUCUACAAAAGUAGGAACGAUGUUAUAUACCAAAGCUGCUAAUUAUGGUAAACGUGUUCUUUUGGAAAUGGGCGGUAAUGCUCCGUUUAUUGUUUUUGAUUCUGCAAAUAUUGAGAAAGCUGUCGCUGGUGCAUUAGGAUGUAAAUUUCGUUGUUCUGGACAAACUUGUAUAUCAGCAAAUCGUAUUUUUGUUCAUGAUGAAAUACAUGAUGUAUUUAUUAGCAAACUAACUGAGGCUGUUUGUCGUCUUCACAUGGGUAACGGUGCUGAUCCAAAUAUCAACUUAGGCCCAGUUAUCAACGAAAAAGCUUUAACUAAGAUUGAAAAAUUAGUUAAUCUAUCUGUAGAACAUGGCGCAUAUGCAUUAAUUGGUGGUCAUAGUAGAUUAAAGGGUAAAAGUUCAUUUGGAUUUGAUUACUCCAAUGGUUAUUUUUAUCCGGCAACUGUUCUGUCGAAUUGUCAUACAAAAAUGGCAUGUAUGGAAGAAGAGGUUUUCGGUCCUGUUGCUUCAGUUUGCAGAUUCAAAACUGAGGAAGAAGUGAUUGAAUUAGCCAAUGCAACACCAUACGGUUUAGGUGGUUACAUUUACACAGAGAAUAUUAAUCAAGCUUGGCGAAUUGCAGAUGAAUUACAAGUUGGAAUGGUUGGUUUAAAUACAGGAUUUGUAAGUACUAUUGAAUUACCAUUUGGCGGAGUGAAAAACUCCGGGAUUGGACGUGAAGGCGGACCGAAUGCUUUACAUGAAUUUAUGGAUAUUAAAACAAUCACUUGGGAUACAUCAAAUAAUUGAAAAGCUUAUUCAAAUUUCUAAUUUUCUCUUAUACUGCCCAAUUUGUCCUCUCUUUUCUUUUUUAAAAAAAAUUGUUUUUUCAGUUCGUUUUUUGCUCUUCAACGCAAUUAAUUUUGGUGGCCUUAGUUGUAUUCUCCAAAGUCUAUGGUAAAACACCGUUACAUUUUUAACCUUUUCUAAGCUAACCAAAUUUCCACCACAACACAAUUACUUGAUGCUUCGUUUUUUUCCCAUCCAUUAUUCAUUCAAACUGUUUGUUUGUUCUUACUUCCCAUUCGUAUUCAUUUAAUACAAUUAGAAAAAUAAACUAUUUCCAUAUAUAUUUGACUCUAAUUUUUGUCAGUGCUUUGGGAUAAUCACACUGUUUCUUUUCAAAUACUCACUUCAGCAAAUGAAAUCUGUUAGUUUCUCACUACGAUGACAUAAUCUGAUGAAUUGUAUCUGUUUGCAACUCUUCAUUAAUGGUAGUCUUUAGAUGAUGUAUGUACAGAUUUUAGCAUGCAGUCUACUUAGUCUUCAUUUCAUUUAAAUUUAAUGUUCGAACAUAUUGUUGUUGGAUAUUAAUGGUGAUACGUAAAAUAUUGACAAAUCUUUACGUGAUACAUUUAGUUGAUUCGAUAAUUUUGAUGUUUGAUUAUAUUUCCUUCUAAAGGUUCGUUGAAUGAAACAAUGAAUUUAAUUCAAGUUCAAUUAUAUUCCCUGAUGUUGAAUCUUAAUUCUGUCGUCCAAUAUGAAACGCUAACGUUCUAUGGCUAGGAUAGCAAAUCAAUUAGUUUUCAAAUGUUUUAUCGACUUUCUCUCUUAUGGAAACUGGUUGUACAUAAGUUUUACAACUAUGCAUUUGUACAUAUUUUAUUGCGUGUUCGUCGCAAUUCGAUGCUGAUAUACACGCUUCUUAUGUACAAAAGCAAUCUGCUAUUCGAGUGAGGGAACUAAUUGUAAAUAGGAAG